GUUUUAGAAAUACAUAUAUAUACGUGAAACAAAGGUGUACCCGCCGUAUCGAAGUUUCUCAGCGUGUUUCUUUUUAUUACUAUUUAGAAUGGCGGCCUCCAACCCUCGUGUCUACCUCGAUGUGAACUUCAUCACCUUCCACGAUGAGGACCUCCCCGGGACGUCCAUCACGGAUCCCAAGACCCCCGCCUCCUUCGUCGUCACGACGGGCGGCUUCCCGCACGAGAUCAUCGUGCAGACGCGCGCCUCCUCGGCGAAGAUCUCGCGCGUCUCGCUGACGCUGAACGAUGCGAAGGACAUUCGGUUAGAGAAGAGCUGCAAUGAAACGGCAAACGGCUUCGAGGUAAUGGCCGAGCGCACGCUGGCGCGUGGCCCUCCUGCUGCCGCGGCGCAGGCGGGGGCCAGCGGCGUGGGUGGGGUACAAACGGAGGUGUUCGACAUCGACCCAGAAGUUGCAGGUCGCGACAUCCGUUAUCUCCGGCUGACCAUCUUAUCGGGGUACGGCGAGUUCGUCGCGGUGCACAGCAUCGACGCGUGGGGUGAGGAGUCGCAGCAGCGCAUCGCGGUCUUGCAGAGCAAACCGGAGAUUGUCAUGUAG